UCCCCGUCCGUCUGUGCGUGUAUUUUACACUCUACCCGUGUACCCGUUUGCUUUGCUUGCCGGUGUGCCCAAAGGUGGAAGACGACGACCAUGGCCAAGCAGCAGAAUCCCAUCCCCAUGGCGCUGUCGCUGCCCCUCGUCCUCGUCGCGCUGCUUCUUCCGGCCGCCCGCGGCUCCGGAGAGACGCCGCAGUAUACGACGGUGCACGCGGAGUCGGACUUCGAGGUGCGGCUGUACCGCGACACCGUCUGGAUGUCCGCCCCCACCCCCGACAUCCCCUCCUUCCACGUCGCCACCAAGCUCGGCUUCCACAGAUUGUUCCAGUACCUGAUGGGCGCAAACCUCAACUCUUCGAGGAUCAGAAUGACCACCCCUGUACUUACAAGUGUGGUUCCAGGUGCAGGGCCUCUGCACUCUUCAGCCUACUUUGUCCGGUUCUACUUACCAACAAAGUUCCAGGCUUCCCCUCCUGUUCCUCUCCCAGAACUGAACCUGCAUCCAGAUACAUGGCCAAGCCACUGCAUUGCAGUGAGGAGCUUCUCGGGUUAUGCACGGGACAAGAAUGUGGUUGAGGAAGCUGAGAAGCUUGCCAUGAGCUUGAGUCGAUCGCCCUGGGCUAACUCCACAAACUACCCCAGCAAUAGCGCUUACUCAGUUGCACAGUACAGUAGUCCAUUCCGCAUCAUUGGCCGUGUCAAUGAGGUGUGGUUCGACGUCGACUGCAAAUCUACUGGUGUUGAGACGUACUGAAAUGUUUAUACAGUGUGUCGUCGGCUCGUCGCUGAAAACUAAGUGGAAUGUGCAUCAGCACCAUGUGAACUAUGCACGCUUUUGUGUACUCCUAUAUGUUGUAUAAUGCAAUCGUCGAUGCCAAAUGUAAAUAAGUAUGUAAUGGAUGCACUAUAUACACUAUGUCACAAGCUCAGCUCAGAAUGAUGUUGCAUGUGAUUGUGUAGUUAAUACGACCGUUCCAGUCAUAAUGA